AUGAUGGCAGGUGAAGGAGGAGUUUCAAGAGAAACCCAAAUGUCCAUACAAGCAUCUUCAAUGUUUCCAGGCUUUAGAUUUUCACCAACUGAUGUUGAAUUGAUCUCUUAUUACUUGAAAAAGAAGCUCCAUGGCCAUGAUAAGUGUGUCGAGGUCGUUCCCCUGAUUGAAAUUUGUAGAUACGAGCCUUGGGACUUGCCAGCCAAGUCGAUCAUAAAGUCCGAUAACGAGUGGUUCUUCUUCUGCGCUCGAGGAAGGAAGUACCCGAAUGGUUCACAAAAUCGAAGGGGAACCGAACAGGGUUAUUGGAAAGCCACCGGGAAAGAACGAAAUGUCAAGUCCGGCUCCAAUGUCAUCGGCACCAAGAGGACCCUCGUGUUCCACUCCGGUCGCGCACCGAGAGGCGAAAGGACCGAGUGGAUCAUGCAUGAAUAUUGUAUGACGGGAAAAUCCCAGGAUUCCCUAGUUGUUUGCCGUCUAAAGAAGAACGGCGAGUUUCGUCCGAAUAACAACUCGACUCGUGGUCCUCGUAAUAUGUCGAUUAUGCACGACAGCAACUGUGCUACCUCGGAUGGUGGAACCGACCUGACUGCCUUGUGUGAAGGGGAGAAGGCAGCCGAAUUCUAUUCAAAGAAGGCUUCUAGCAGUAAUGAUUCUCAUUCAAUAGAGCAAAUCGAUUUGGUGUCCGACUCCGAGCAGAAACUUUCGAACGAUGUUGGACCGACAGAAUCUUCAACAUACAAAAUGGAUUCUGACGAGGAAGAGGAUUUCUUCUCUGAGAUACUGAAAGAUGACAUAAUAAGGCUUGAUGAAACUUCAUUCUCAACCCCAAUACCAGAGAUCGUGCAACAAAAUGCACCCUGCAAUGUAUCCUUCUUUCAGGGCGAACCGAAAGGGACAAUCAAACAGAGACCGGCUAAAGGAGAUACAAUCGGCGAUGCCAAUGCGUCGGAACAUGGCCUCGGUGAGACAUCGAUUGAGAAACGAAUGAGUUCUCUAAUGUCUGAGGAAUCAUCAAAAUGUAUGGUAUCCCCAUUCUCAUCGAGGACUGCCAUUUUAGUCAUCCUGAUCAUUUUACUGGCUUUGUUUCUGUCAUUUAUAAGUUGUUCCGACUAAAAAACCAGCAAAGUAGUUCAAAUGCGAUGAGUUCUACUGGAAUUUCUGUCAAUGAAUAGUGUGAGUAAUUACGUUUUACUGGAA